AUAGGUUAUAUUUGUUUAUCAAAUUUUACUGAUUUAUAUUUUAUGAAAUUAUUUUAUAAUUCUAAAAUUGGAAAACUUAUCAACCCUCAGUAUGGAGGAAGACGGUGUGCACAGACUAGAAGGCACGAUUGGAACCGAAAAGGGGGGUUUAAUAAUCAAGAAAAAGAAAGAGUCGACUUUUAAAAUCCCUCAAGUUUCUUUACUCGGUUUGGAUCGUUUAGCAGCAAAAAAACGCAAAGAAAAGGAAGAUGCCGCUAGGAAGAUGUCUUUUUCGAUAGAGGAAGAGGACAGUCGCGACCCAGGACACGAUAGUUCGAAAGAAACAAAAAAAAGCGGCAAAGAAGAUCGUAAGUUUAGAACCCCGGCAGAGGAGACACCUACAUACACUGGAGGUGUUAGUAAGGAGGCCAAAGAAAGACUGUUAGAAAGGGAAAAGGAUAGAUAUAAGGAGAAAGGCGUUUAUGCCUCAACUAAGGAUAAAGACAAAGGUCAUAGAGACUCCGACCAUGAUAGACACACCUAUAAAUAUGAUAGGAAUCGCGAUAGAAAAAGGGAUAGAGAUAGAGACAGAGAUCGAGACAGGUACAGUGAACGAUACGGAGAGUCUUCUAGAAGGGAAAGGACGCCCAAAUUCAGAGAUGAACCCAAAACACCAAACAUCAAAGUAAAAGAUGGGGUAUCGAAAACAUCCUGGGACGACGACGAUGAACCCGUGCCUGCCAAAAAAUCAUCUUGGGAUUUCCCCACUCCUACCCUUUACAAGAAGGAGGAUGGUUCUUGGUCAGAAAGAAGCUCUAAAUCUAGAUACGGAGGUGAAUCUUCAAGGUCCCAUAGAGACUCGAAGAGUUGGAGGUAUGAUGAUAGUGAAAGAGUGACACCUGCUCAUAAAUUCAAUGCAUGGGCGAGAGAUAGAAAAAAGACUGGAGCUACACCAGGUAUUAAUAAAGAAAAUGACGAACAAAAUCUUAAAUGGGAUAAGACAGUGGAUAGGGAAGAUUGGGAAGAAGAACAGAAAAGACUAGACAGAGAAUGGUACAACAUGGAUGAAGGGUAUGAUGACGAGCACAACCCUUUCUCAAGUGUUAGUGAAGAAUACACCAAGAAAAAAGAGGAACAGUUGGAACAAAGAAAGAAGAAAAGACUCAGUGCUCAACAAAGACAGAUUAAUAAAGAUAAUGAAUUGUGGGAGAGAAACAGAAUGCUUACAUCAGGCGUUGUGCAUUCUGUUGAUUAUAAUGAAGAUUUUGACGAAGAAUCUAUUGACAGGGUACACUUGCUGGUUCAUAACAUUGUACCACCCUUUUUGGAUGGUAGAAUUGUUUUUACCAAACAGCCAGAACCUGUAGUACCUGUAAGAGAUCCCACUUCUGAUAUGGCCAUGGUUGCCAGAAAGGGCUCCCACUUAGUUAAAGUCUUCAGAGAGCAGAAAGAGAGAAGAAAGGCGCAGAAGAAACACUGGGAACUGGGCGGAACAAAGUUAGGAAACAUAAUGGGUAUAAAGAAGAAAGAGGAUGAGGAAGACAAGAAGUAUAACAAAGAUGACGAUUCAACUGACUACAAAACAGAUCAUAAAUUCGCUGAACAUAUGAAAGGCAGUAAUGAGGCUUCAAGUGAGUUUGCCAAAAGAAAGUCUAUCAGUGAGCAAAGAAGAUAUUUGCCUGCUUUUGCUGUGAGACAGGAAUUGCUGAAUGUUAUUAGGGAAAAUAAUGUAGUUAUAAUUGUUGGUGAAACUGGCAGUGGUAAAACAACUCAACUGACCCAGUAUCUUCAUGAAGAAGGUUACAGUAAAUAUGGAAUGAUUGGCUGCACUCAGCCUAGAAGAGUUGCAGCUAUGUCAGUGGCUAAAAGAGUCAGUGACGAAAUGGACAGAGCCUUGGGUGAAGAGGUGGGCUAUGCCAUUCGUUUUGAAGAUUGCACAUCGGAAAAAACCGUGAUUAAAUAUAUGACAGAUGGUAUCUUGCUGCGAGAAAGUCUCCGAGAACCCGACCUCGACCACUACAGCGCCGUCAUCAUGGACGAGGCUCACGAACGUUCGCUCAGCACCGACGUACUGUUCGGUCUUCUGCGCGAAAUCGUUGCGCGCAGGCACGACCUCAAACUGAUCGUCACUUCCGCCACGAUGGACAGCGGCAAGUUCUCCAUGUUUUUCGGAAACGUGCCCACAUUUACCAUUCCCGGUAGGACUUUCCCCGUGGAGGUGCUGUUUAGUAAGAAUCCAGUGGAGGAUUAUGUGGAUGCUGCUGUGAAACAGGCGUUGCAGAUCCACUUGCAGCCCCCUUCGGGAGAUAUUCUGAUUUUUAUGCCCGGGCAGGAGGACAUUGAGGUUACUUGCGAGGUUUUAGCAGAGAGGCUGGGCGAAAUCGACAACGCUCCAGAAUUAUCGAUUUUACCCAUUUAUUCCCAGCUACCUUCCGACUUGCAAGCGAAAAUCUUCCAAAGAUCGCCGGAAGGUAUAAGAAAAUGCGUGGUAGCCACCAAUAUAGCAGAAACGUCCCUUACAGUGGACGGUAUUAUCUUCGUGAUAGACUCGGGAUACUGUAAACUAAAAGUUUACAAUCCCAGAAUUGGUAUGGAUGCUCUACAGAUCUAUCCUAUAUCGCAAGCCAACGCUAACCAAAGAUCAGGUCGUGCGGGCCGUACAGGCCCUGGUCAAGCCUUCCGCCUGUACACCGAAAGACAAUACAAGGACGAACUGCUAAUAACCACCGUACCGGAAAUACAGAGAACUAACCUGGCCAAUACGGUACUCUUGCUCAAAUCGCUAGGCGUUCAAGAUUUAUUACAGUUCCAUUUCAUGGAUCCGCCACCUCAAGACAAUAUUUUGAAUUCGCUGUAUCAAUUGUGGAUUUUGGGAGCUUUGGAUCAUACAGGUGUCCUAACCAAGUUGGGACGACAGAUGGCCGAGUUCCCGUUGGACCCUCCCCAAUGCCAAAUGCUGAUAGUGUCCACGCAAAUGGGGUGUACCGCGGAAAUUUUGAUUAUCGUUUCCAUGUUGUCCGUCCCCUCCAUAUUCUACCGGCCAAAAGGUCGCGAAGAAGAAGCAGAUGGAGUUAGAGAAAAAUUUCAAGUACCUGAAAGCGAUCAUUUGACGUUUCUCAACGUCUACAACCAAUGGAAACAGAACAACUAUUCCUCGCACUGGUGCAACGAGCAUUUCAUUCACAUAAAGGCUAUGCGCAAAGUCAGAGAGGUCAGACAACAACUGAAGGAUAUUGUCGUCCAACAAAAACUGGAAAUAAAAUCCUGCGGUACGGACUGGGACAUUGUCAGGAAAUGUAUCUGUUCCGCUUAUUUCCAUCAAGCAGCUCGUCUGAAAGGUAUUGGCGAAUACGUAAACUGCCGUACAGGAAUGCCGUGUCACUUACAUCCCACAUCAGCCCUAUUCGGUCUAGGAAACACUCCAGAUUACGUAGUUUACCAUGAACUUGUAAUGACAGCUCGUGAAUACAUGCAGUGUGUUACUUCAGUCGAUGGACACUGGCUCGCCGAGUUGGGUCCAAUGUUUUUCUCUCUAAAAGAAACAGGAAAAUCGGGUCGGGCUAAGAAAAAACAAGCCGCGGAACAUUUGCUCGAGAUGGAGAAUCAGAUGCAAGUGGCUCAGGAAGAGAUGAAAGCUAGAAAAGAGGCUGCGGACAAAAAGGAAGCUGCUCUGAAUAAAGGUCAAGAGAUUAUCAGCGCUGGGGCAACUCCUAGAAGAACUCCGGCAAGAUUUGGGCUGUAAAAAUCUAUGAUUUUCGUCAUUUUAACUUGUAAAAUAUAUAUUAAUAUAAGAAUU